CUCUGUGUCUCUACUCGCUCUUUCUUCAGCCAUGGCGCUCUCUUCUUCAAUCUCCUCUUCCCUCUGUAAGCUCUCUUCGCAAAAUGCACUCUCUCCCGAUUCCAAUUCGAAUAAGAUCUUCAAUUCUCGAUGCGGGCCUUUCUCUUCUCUCAACCAAUUACCGAUCUGCAAAAUGGGUUAUGUUUGUCAGUGGGGGAGAAGAAAGUCAUCAAAUAUGCCACUCAUCUCUGCUUCAGUUAUGGAUGUUUCAUUGGACAAGUCCAUGGAAAAAGUUCAGCUUCCCAAAGGUGACAAUUGGUCUGUCCAUAAGUUUGGUGGCACCUGUGUGGGAACCUCUGAAAGGAUCAAGAAUGUUGCAGAGAUAAUUGUUAAAGAUGAUUCGGAAAGGAAGUUAGUGGUUGUGUCUGCAAUGUCAAAGGUGACAGAUAUGAUGUAUGACCUCAUCUACAAAGCACAAUCACGAGAUGACUCCUAUAUAUCUGCAGUGGAUGCUGUUUUAGAAAAGCACAGAUUAACAGCACUUGAUCUGCUUGAUGGGGAUGAUCUUGCUAGUUUCUUAUCACGGUUGCACCAUGACAUCAAUGAAAUCAAAGAGAUGCUUCGGGCAAUAUAUAUAGCUGGUCAUGCAUCAGAGCUCUUUUCAGAUAUUAUCGUAGGACAUGGAGAGCUAUGGUCUGCCCAGAUGUUAUCAUCUGUUGUCAGAAAGAAAGGCAUUGAUUGCAAAUGGAUGGAUACAAGGGAUGUCCUUAUUGUAAACCCUACUAGUGCUAAUCAAGUUGAUCCUGAUUUUGUAGAAUCUGAAAUGAGACUUGAGAAAUGGUUCUUCCAAAACCCAUCUAAGACAAUCGUUGCUACUGGUUUCAUAGCUAGUACACCUCAAAAUAUUCCUACAACUUUAAAGAGAGAUGGAAGUGAUUUCUCUGCAGCUAUAAUGGGCGCUUUAUUCAGGGCUCGUCAGGUCACAAUUUGGACAGAUGUUGAUGGUGUGUACAGUGCAGACCCCAGAAAAGUUGCUGAGGCCGUGAUACUGAAUCAACUGUCUUACCAAGAGGCCUGGGAAAUGUCAUAUUUUGGAGCAAAUGUGCUGCAUCCCCGCACCAUCAUUCCAGUGAUGCAAUAUGGCAUUCCAAUUGUAAUAAGGAAUAUUUUCAAUCUCUCUGCACCUGGAACAAUGAUUUGUCGGCCUUCUGUUGAUGAAAAUGAAGGUAACCAGCGUUUGGAGUCUCCUGUGAAAGGGUUUGCAACAAUUGACAAUGUGGCACUCAUAAAUGUUGAAGGAACUGGAAUGGCUGGUGUUCCUGGUACAGCUAGUGCCAUUUUUUCUGCUGUGAAAGAUGUGGGAGCUAAUGUUAUUAUGAUAUCACAGGCUAGUAGUGAGCAUUCUGUGUGUUUUGCUGUUCCCGAGAAGGAAGUAGAAGCUGUUGCUGAAGCUUUACAAUCUAGAUUCCGUCAGGCUUUGGAUGCUGGUCGUCUUUCUCAGGUUGCGGUGGUACCAAACUGUAGCAUCUUGGCCACGGUUGGCCAGAGAAUGGCGAGUACACCUGGAGUCAGUGCCAGUCUUUUCAGUGCACUGGCUAAAGCUAAUAUUAACAUCCGUGCCAUAGCUCAAGGUUGCUCUGAGUAUAAUAUAACUGUAGUUGUCAAGCGAGAAGAUUGUAUAAGGGCCCUAAAAGCUGUCCACUCAAGGUUUUAUCUCUCAAGAACCACAAUAGCAAUGGGCAUUAUUGGACCUGGAUUGAUCGGUGGCACAUUACUUGACCAGCUCAGGGAUCAGGCAGCUGUCCUUAAGGAAGACUUUAACAUUGAUUUGCGUGUGAUGGGAAUUACAGGCUCAAGGACAAUGCUUUUGAGUGAUUCGGGAAUUGACUUAUCAAGAUGGAGAGAACUUAUAAAGGAGAAAGGAGAAGUGGGUGACAUGCAUAAAUUCGUUAACCAUGUGCAUGGGAACCAUUUUAUCCCAAAUACUGCAUUGGUGGAUUGUACAGCAGACUCUAAUGUUGCUAGCCAUUACCAUGAAUGGUUGCGAAAAGGGAUUCAUGUAAUCACCCCAAACAAAAAAGCAAAUUCCGGUCCACUUGAUCAGUAUUUGAAGUUGAGGGCUCUUCAGAGGCAAUCGUAUACACAUUACUUCUAUGAAGCUACUGUCGGGGCCGGCCUCCCAAUCAUUAGCACCUUACGAGGUCUCCUUGAAACUGGAGACAAAAUAUUGCGCAUUGAAGGCAUUUUCAGUGGGACUUUGAGCUAUAUCUUCAACAACUUUAAGGGCACACGAAGAUUCAGUGAGGUGGUGAUGGAGGCCAAACAGGCUGGUUAUACCGAGCCAGAUCCAAGGGAUGAUCUAUCUGGAACAGAUGUUGCCAGAAAGGUGAUAAUUCUUGCUAGAGAAUCUGGUCUAAAACUGGAACUUGCGGAUACUCCUGUUCAAAGUCUCGUGCCAGAACCAUUAAGAGCUACUGCAUCAGCCGAUGAAUUUAUGGAGCAGUUGCCACAAUACGACGAAGACUUGGCUAAGCAACUACAAGAUGCUGAGGAUGCAGGGGAAGUCCUGAGAUACGUAGGGGUGGUGGAUGUGGUUAACAAAAAGGGGCUCGUGGAGCUGCGAAAAUACAAGAACGACCACCCCUUUGCCCAGCUUUCCGGGUCUGAUAACAUCAUUGCUUUCACAACUGCAAGGUACAAGAACCAGCCUCUUAUAGCGGGGCCUGGUGCUGGCGCCCAAGUAACCGCCGGCGGUAUAUUCAGCGACGUAUUGCGCCUUGCCUCCUACCUUGGUGCCCCAUCAUAAUUGUAUCAGUUUCUCUGGCCAUGAACCAGCUUGUAGCAUUCGAUUUUGACCCCCAGGCUCCAUUCCUCUGGUUUUUUCUCGAUUCGGGCCUGUAGGUAGGUGGCAUUUUCAUUUUCUGCUUUUAUUUUCAUUAGUAUUAUUAGUUUUGUUUUAGGUUGAGCUUGUGGUACUGGCAUUUGAGCUGUCGUAUAUUGCAGUUUGUGCCUUUAAACUGCAUAACAAGUAGUGUAGAGACUCAUCUCAGGGAUUAUUGAACCUAAUAAUGUGGCAACUUGUUCAUCUUUCUAUUUCCUUUUCCUUUGUUUCGAGAAAUAUAUUAAUGAGUUUUGAUGAAACUCUUUCUUUUUC